GAGAGGUUGAGAAAUGCGGGAUCCGCGCGGGGAGGAACCCCGCCGCUGUGUUAGUCCGCGCUGUCAACAACACUCCCUCUGCAGCUGCGCUCCCGGCUCCGAUCGCUUCGUGUGACGGCCGCUGCACGGAGGACAUCCCCGGGACUAUGUGAGCACCAUGCACGCUGUGCGAUGCCUGCUGUUCGUUACAGUGUGCGCACGGUGCGCGGGGACAGGUCUGAGGGAACCGAUGGGUCCGCCAGCAGAAGAGCUGGUUCAGCCCAAGCGGCUGCUGCAACGGAUCCACUCCGAGGAGGAGAUGCUCCACAGCCGCCUGGACACGCGGAUCAGAAACUACACGGCAGACGCGCGGCCGGUCCACGUGGCGCAGAGCAGCUUCUUGGUGGAGGCCUUCGGCAAGUCCUUCAUCCUUGACCUGGAACUCAACCACAACCUGCUAUCCGGAGACUAUGUGGAGCGUCACUAUGAUGAGAAUGGGCAGCUGUCACAGAAUAUGGGCGGCGAGCACUGCUACUACCAUGGACGCGUGCGCGGGCGGCCGGGCUCCUGGGCGGCUCUGUCCACCUGCCACGGCCUGCGGGGAAUGUUUUCCGAUGGCACCUUCUCCUACGGGAUCGAACCUGUCGGCAGUGGACAGGAACACAAUGACCACGUUGUGUAUCGGAUGCCGGACAUUGACCUCGUCCCAACUCCCUGUCCAGGAUGCUCUUUGAACGCCACGGGGCCCGGGGGGCGGACAGAGGGUGAGCCAAAGGAUGGAGACAGACGAUCUGAGGGGGGCGAGCCUGUUUCAACAGAAAUCCUGAAACGCUCAAAAAGACAAGUGCGGAGAGGUCAGCGCACGGUUCAGACUGAGACGAAGUACCUCGAGCUGAUGGUGGUGAACGACCACGAGCUGUUUGUGCAGCUUCGCCGGUCUGCCGCUCAGACGAAGAACUUUGCCAAAGCGGUGGUGAACAUGGCCGAUGCUAUCUACAAGGAGCAGCUCAACACUCGCAUCGUCCUGGUGGCCAUGGAAACCUGGUCUUCUGAGAACAGGGUCUCGGUGGGUGAGGACGCCUUGCUCACUCUGCGUGACUUCAUGAAGUACAGGAAGGAGAGCAUCAAGGAACGCUGCGACGCCGUCCACCUCUUCUCAGGGAGGACGUUCAUGAGCAGCCGCAGUGAAGCGGCCUACAUCGGGGGCAUCUGCUCAGUCACCAGGGGCGGAGGCAUCAACGAAUUCGGCAGUGUGGGUCCCAUGGCCAUCACGUUGAGUCAAAGCCUUGGCCAGAACAUCGGCAUGCUGAGGAACAAAGAGCGACUGGCCGCAGGAGACUGCAGGUGUCCUGACCCGUGGCUGGGCUGCAUCAUGGAGGACACGGGUUACUACCUGCCCAGGAAGUUCUCCCGCUGUAGUAUAGAUGAGUACUUGCGAUUCCUCCAGCAGGGAGGAGGCAGCUGUCUCUUCAACAAGCCCACCAAGUUGUUGGACCCACCAGAGUGUGGGAAUGGAUUCGUGGAGCCGGGAGAGGAAUGUGACUGUGGAUCGCUCGUGGAGUGUGCACGGAACGGCGCCAACUGCUGUAAGAAGUGCACCCUUACCCACAAUGCAAUGUGCAGCAACGGGCUCUGCUGCCGGGACUGCAGGUACGAGCUGAGAGGGGUGACUUGCCGCGAGGCUGUCAACGACUGUGACAUCCCCGAGACCUGCAUGGGAGACUCCAGCCAGUGUCCUCAUAACGUCCACAAGCUGGAUGGCUACACGUGCGAAGCUGGACAGGGUCGGUGUUACGGAGGUCGCUGUAAGACCAGAGACGGACAGUGCAGGACGCUGUGGGGCUACAACUCGGCCGACAGGUUCUGCUACGAAAAGCUUAAUUCUGAGGGCACAGAGAAAGGAAACUGUGGUCCGGACUCCACUGGUCAGGGAUGGGUGCAGUGCAACAAACAGGACGUCCUGUGCGGCUUACUGCUGUGCACCAAUCUGACGGAUAGGCCGAGGUUUGGUGAACUUCAGGGGAGGGUCACCAGCCUGACCAUCCACCAUCAGAACAGAUACCUGGACUGCAGGGGCGGCCACGCCGUGCUGGACGACGGCUUGGACAUGGGCUACGUGGAGGACGGGGCGCCGUGCGGCCCAAACAUGAUGUGUUUGGAGCGCCGCUGCCUCCCCGUCACCACCUUCAACCUCAGCACCUGCCCGGGCUCCUCGUCCUCGUCCGCGCGCAUCUGCUCGCAUCACGGGACUUGCAGCAAUGAGGUGAGGUGUAUCUGUGAUCCGGACUACACUGGGAAGGACUGUAGUGUGUUCGACCCGAUCCUCGUGCCCACGCCGCCGGAUGGCCCGGAGAAAUACAAAGGUCCCAGUGGCACCAAUAUAAUAAUAGGUUCGGUUGCUGGUGCAAUUCUGGUGGCAGCAAUCGUCCUCGGGGGAACUGGAUGGGGAUUUAAAAACAUCCGGAGAGGAAGAUCUUCGUGAGUUUGAGUUGCAUCUCUUCGCUGUCCUGUCUUCUUUCCACGCUGAACAGGAGACGAGACUUCUUCCCCUUCUGAUACCUCGGCCCCCUUUUUCUGUUUCUUAUUUCACUCCAUGAACGCCGUCUGCGCUGCUCUUCUCCUCCUGAGAAGCCUGGUCGUUAUUUGUUCCAGUAGCACCGCAUCCGUAAUGCUUCCAAACGUUUGCUUUUUUUUAUUUACAACAUUUUUUGUCCGUGACGCACAGUUAACUCAAGUGUGUUUACUCCGAGUUUCUCUUCCACUAGUUGAAGCAAUAUGGACCGUUUUUACCCCUUUUAAAAAUAUUUCCGUUCAUUUGAUGGAGAACACCUCCCCUCCGUGAUGUGGCUCUAGCGGCAGUGGACAUGUACAAAUACCACUAGCAGGGAAUGUUGACCCUUUGCCCGUCUAGCUGAGGGUUGUUCUGUGUGCUGGUUCUUUACAUUCCACGGUACCGCCCAUACUUUCUCUCAUGCUGUCGUUCGUCCAUUCAAAAUAAAUGCUUGUGCACAGCACGCAUCGAUGUGUGAGUGUGCAGUUUAGGGGCUGAGGGGAAGCUAGUUGUGUCUCUGCGCCGAUGAUAUCAAAGGACUUUUUUACUUUUACCCCCCCCCCCGCUGUGUGAUAUGUAAGCUAUAUACGGCCAAUAUGCAUACGAGUAUGCCGAACAUGGGUGCUGAUGUACAUAGUGUGACAUGAGGUUGACUGACUUAUGAAGACCGCAGGGGGUCACUGCCGCUCUGAAUGAAAGCACAAGUCUGGAGAGAGGAGACUCCUCCGGGCCUCUCAGCGUAAAACUGCUACUUUCGAAGGUGUUCCUUUUGCGAGAGAAGAUUUGAAUCUGCAGCCUUGAGAAGUUGGAGCUCCUCUGGUUUUUCCCCCAGAAGUGUGGGAUGGCUGAUCAAUUGAAUCACGGAAAAUUCCGUCUGGAGUAUUGUAUGGUUCAUACAUGCCUUUUUGAGAUUUUCAAACUGAGAAAUGAUAUGAUAUCCGAUAUCCAAAAUCAGCUUUAGCACAGGAUAUCAGUCGACUCCACAUAAUGUUCAUAGAUCGUAGCUUCCAUGUGCUCAUUCCAACUGCUGAGCAUUCUUACUGACUAGUUCAAUGAGCAAUAGAUAUGUACAUAUUAUAAAUAAAGUCAGAACCCUUGCAUUUAGAAAAAGAGUUAACGUGCAUCACCGUCUGCAUCUCCCCUUCAGGAACUCAGAAUCUUUAAAUCAGGUUGAGACGAUGUCCGUCUGUAGUUCUUUGGACCCCUUUGCACCUUUUCUUAUCAUUAUGUGUCUCAGAUCAGACUUGAACUGAUUACAGGCGUGGUACUGUGCAUCUAGAGUCCAUCUUGAUGGUAUUUUAAAGCGAGGUGUAAAGGAACCUUGUGUGUUUUUAGUGUUUUUGUUUUGUUUCCCUGAAUAAUCGCACAGGUGCAACAAGAGCGGAUCCGAGUUUCACUGCCAGUCGACCUACAGUAGCAUUAAAAGGAAUACGUUGACCUUUUCUCUGCCUCUGACAUGGGACAGAUUACAAUAAAUGACUCAAAUGAGUGCAGUUAGUCAUGGACAUGUAUUUUUGGACUACAAAACGCUAACUCUGAAUUGGAAAAUGUCAUCGGGUUUCCCUUUAAUCGUCCUCGGACGCUCUUCGUGCUGAGUACAUAUGGGAUGUGAUGCUAAAGGCCCCCCCCCCCCCCCCCCCCCCGCUGCUGCUUGCGGUCAUGCGGUGUAUUUGGACUCACAGGAUUCACACAGGGAAGUCCACAUUGUUUAUUCUAACAGUAUUAGCUUGGCCUGUAAUGUAAAUACUCAUAUUGUAUAUUGAAAUGCAUAUUAAAACAUAUCUGAAUAAC